CAAAACCCUUUCUACGCCGCUUCAGCAACUCUGCCUCUUUCUUUCAGCAAUCCGCUCUCUGCCUCUCUCGUAGACUCCAUGACUCCAUCUCUCUCUUCUUCAUCCAAACCCACAAUUUCAGAGUGAGAGAUUCUGAGCUGGGAUUGGGUUCUGAAGUGCUUAUUGGGAUUUGGGUUUGGUGGCCGCGCUCUGCUUCUUCUUCUUCUACUUGUGUUUCUUAUUGACUCGGAUUGAUCACCGACUCGCUGUCCCACCGAGUCCAUUCAUCAACUCGGGAUUAGCUCUAAUAGGUAAUGUUCUGCAACAGAAAGGAGGUUAAGUUGGCAAUGUUGUUUCAACGAUUCUUUACAGAAAACUCAUUUCAUGUCAAAUAAGAGGAAGAUAAAUGGCAUAUAGAGGUCGUGGAGGAUUUGGACAUGGUAACUAUGCUAAGGAAGAGCCCUUUGUGCCAUUUCCUGAUAUUCAUUUACCUGAUGCCGGAGGUAUUUUGUCUGAGCUAGAUCAAAAGAAAAACAAAGGUUUGAAGGAGGAAGAAACAUUAAUCAGAGAUACUCUGAAUUGGCUAAUGAAAUCCGAAUAUAAUCUUGACAAGACUGAUAGACAAGACAAGGAUGUUGAAAUAUCUGAGAGAACCAAGCGAAAGGCUAAGAGAGAAAUUGAUUCUUUCUCACAGUAUUUGGUGCCCAGUAUGUUUCCUAGAGAACUGACUAGAGGUUCAAAUGUGCGGCAGGUGAGCAGAGAAAAUGUUAAAUGGGACAAACGGAACUCAGAAAAGAACUCUGAGAUAUACUGGAAUCAAAUUGAAAAGCGAGAACAGAAUUCGGAUGCAAAGAAACAGAAAGAAGGUGAAAAUGAUGAGGAAGAGGAUGAAGAUGCGGAUGCGGAAGAGGAGGAAGAUGAGGACCCUAGUGAUGAUGAUUAUGCUCAGAACAUAGACUUUGAUGACGAUGAGGAUGAUUUUAAUGCAGACGAUGGUGAUGAUGAACCUCUUUUGGAGGAAGAUUAGAUGGUGUUGCGUACAACCUGGUCAAGAAGAUUACAGAAUCACCCCUCUUAAUUUCUCUUCGACUAUCAUCAUUGUUACCUCUUAGGCUUGUACAUGUAACUACUAAAUUUUGUGGACAAUGUUACAGUUAAUAUUAGAGUACCAUAAUCAACUAUCUUAAAGCUUA